AUGCCAUCUGCCUGUUGCUUCUUCGAGUGCUCCGCGUUCGUGAAGGCGGAACCGAGUGGCUCCGUGACAGCCGGACUCGAUGGAUGUCCAAGGGAGCGGCGUAUUCGAUUCCGCGCGGAGGAGUCGGCAGGCUGGUCGGUGAAGUCGGGCCAGAACCGAUUGGGGAAGGUCCAGCCGUUGAGCGAGGAGGAGCAGCAAGCCAUUCUGAAAGUCGUGCAGCGGGCCGAAACUUUGGAGAAAGCCGAGCAACAGCGAAUCGGGCAAGUUCCCCUUCCGUUUCUUUCCUCGUUUCUCGCAACCCCGAGCGAAUGCAAGCCCAAGAAGAUGGAGAGAAAGAGGGAGAGAGAGGUCAUUAGAAAGUAG